AUGCAGGACCCGACGCAUUCACAAGCUCUCAAACUUCAAACCAUUAAUUUCCAAGAAGAUUUGGUUGAGAAAGUUCGUCUUCUUUCAAUUAGCGUCAUUGUCGUAUAUUACUUGAAGUUUGGGUCCUCGACAGCGGCGUUUUUAUUUAGGUUAUUCGUGCACUCACUCCUCUCUAAAUCGCAAGUCGUCUCAAAUCAGCUCAGAAGGGUUUCUCUACGGGUCCAUAACGUGCGCCGGAUUCCAGGGCUGCCAUCAACCAUUAAUGGGACUGAGAACAAUAAUGAUGCCAAUGCCAAUUCCAAUUCCAAUCCACUGAUGCCCGGGACUUUUACAGUUCCCAACAACACAAUAGAAGAACUCUCAGAAGCAGAAAUAGAGGCGUCGGUAAAUGAAACCCAACGGAAGGUGAGAUGGGUCCUUUUCCACUGCGCUUUCACGUUUAACUGCAUUUCCAUCAUCUUGGCUCUUAUAUGGCCAGUUGACUUCAUUUCCAAGGCGGAACCGUAUCGUUUGCGUAGUGCCAGCUUUGGUAAUACUCCAUCUCCCUUUGCGAACCAAAAUGGCCUAAUCGGCGGAGAGCUUCGAAGUGGUCUCUUUGUGCAGCUCGUGGGAGAGCAAUUGCCAAACAGCAACUUCUGGAGCAACGUGAGUAUUGUUCUGUUGGAAUUUUUGAUACUCUCGCUGCAGUUUGGUCAAUACAUUCUAACAGCAUAUAAUUUUGCAGAGCCACCCAUAGUGUUACCCACUGCUGGGGCCCAUGACGCAAAUUCUCCCAACACUGGUGCUGAGGAGGACGACACAUCUAACGGAAUCGUGCUGGUCACGACCAUCAGGCCCGUGGAAGUUUUGAACGAUCUACUGGAGAAGAGAUACGAGUCCACAACAACUACCAGCCCAAUAGCUGGGGCCGACCUUGUAUAA